UCCAUUUUAGAACACACAGCACGGCCCUUUCCCUCCCCUUGUGGAAGAGAGUUCUGCCCACUCCUCCCAGCCCCCUCUCUGUGAUCACAGAGUCCUCAGCACCAACCUCCUGAACAGUCGUACAUACAGAAGAGCGUUCUCCACUGCUUGUAGCUAAGAGAAAUCAAGAUGGCAAAAACUUUCUGGAUUCAUCUUGCAUUAAUCGCCAUUCUCAUAUUGAUGGUAGCCUCUAAGAAAGGGGGGAAAAGUAAAGGUGGUGGCUGGAGUUCUGGAACCAACCGAAAUCCAAGCAACCCAGGAAACACUGGAAGCAAUUGGAACCCCAGUCACACAGGCAAUACUGGGGGCAACUGGAACCCCCAUCCCCCCAACCCUGGUUGGAAUACUGGUGGUGGCUGGGGAAAUAACUAUAAUCCAGCAGGGAGCAACUAUAAUAAGCAGAUGAAGCCUCCUAAAACCAAGACCAACAUGAAAAUGGUGGCUGCAGGGGCUGCUGCAGGGGCACUUGGAGGAUUUGUCUUAGGUAAUGCCAUUAGCAACAUGAGGUACAAUUUUGACAAUGAUAUGGACAGUCGGUAUUACAACAGCUACCGAAACCAAAUGCCCAAUCAGGUUUACAGACCAACAUACCAAGACAGGGCAAAUGUGCCAGAAGAGAGAUUUGUCACCGACUGCUACAACUCAUCCAUGACUGAAUAUGUGAUUAAACCAAACGAGGGGAAGAAUGUAUCGGAAAUAGACCAAACAGAAGUCAGAGUCAAGAGCACCAUCAUCCGGCAGUUGUGUGUUACCGAAUACCGAAGGGGACCUCAGUAUUCUCAAGCUUAUGACUCCGGGAUAAAUCUCCUCCUUAGUCAAAGUCUUACCUUCUUCAUCACACUUUUUGUAUAUUUUGUGGUUGAAUGAUAAAAAGGAAUGCUCAUAAGUGAAAAAACCUUCUGUAUAUAUAGAGUAAACCAGUACAGAUGCCCUGCUCCACUGCCUAAGCCAAUAUGUUAUCUUCUGAUUCCCUGUAUCAUUGGAAUGUUAUGGGAUUCCCUACCAACAUAUGCUGUGUCCCAUAUUAGUGUAUGCAUCACACAUCAGAGCUAUACUAUAUUUUUAAGAAGAAGCGGUCAGUCAGUCUUGCUUGGCUACUGGUCUGAAUCACCAUGUUAUUAAUAUGAACAUUUUUAUUAUUUGUAAAAAAAAAAAAAAAAAAAAACUGCCUUCACUGUGUUUUUGUUUAUAGAUUUUUUUUUCUCUCUCUCUUUUUGUUUCAACUCCCCAGUUUCUUUUUUAUUGCAUGGUUAUUAUAUUAUUAUGAUUGGACAUUAUUGAUCAGAACACAUCAAGGCUAUUGUUACUGUAUAUUUAGUUGCCUUGAUGUCACUAAGGUAUUUUAGGGGUUGUCAUAAGUUGCAACGAUUUUACAAAAUAAUAACAAAACACUGUCAUCGAAUCUCAGCAACAUGUUGGACUGUAAAAAUCAGCAAGACUGUUAUACCGAUGGACAAUUGGUGAACAAAAUGAAAGACCAACACUAACCAAUAUUGCAUAUAAAAAUUUUGAUCUAAUUUCAGAAUAUUUGGCUAAAAAAAAAAAAAAAUUUACAUGAAUAAAGAAGCUUGUCAAGAUGUCAAAUGAGGAAACCCCCAAGAUUUUUGUAUCAUAUAGAGGCACGCUUACCUUUGCAGCCAUAUGCACCAUCAAAUAUGUUGACUAUGGUUGUUUCAUGCCUUACCCAUCUUUUGGUUGAGAGCAGUUGACAUUCCAAAUUUUUUACUUCCUAUUGGCAAAUAGUAAAAAAAGGAAGUCAGAAACAUAAGAAAUCUUUUGAAGGAUAUCAACAUGAUAUGUGUUUUUACAUGUCCAAUCGUAAGAUCUUUGUGAAAUUGUUUGUAGAGUUGACCAUCCUAUAGAUGACCAACAAAAAUAUGGACUCAUUAAAAUCUUUACAUAUUACAAACUUUUUGCCAGAUGUUUUUGGUAGCUUAGGGUUCCUCCUUUGAGCCUCCUUGGCUAGGCACUUUGAUCACUUAUGAUCUAGAGGAGGAUUUGUAUGUGUUAAUGGUAACCCAUUACUUUCUAUGGAUGUUUGUGAUAUUCUGUAAUACUUGGCUCUUGCCUCUUGCUCAUUGAAGGGGGUCAAAUUUAGCAAAUCCUCCUCUAUAAGCUUAUUAUAAGGAUAGGGCCAAAGCAGUCAUUGCCUUCAGUUGAUUGCAUAUUUAAUUUUUUAUAUUAUACAAAAGCUGUAUGCUCACCUCUAUUAUAAAUCUAAAGCACAUACUCUGCAGAUUAUAAUUUCCUGUCCCAUUGACGUUUACAACUGGUUGCUUUGGGUUACUCCAUCCUGCACCUGACUGCAUGCCUAUUGUCUCAUUAUUUGUACUGUACCAAUACGAAAUUUAUGCUUUUCUUUCAGGGGGAAGUAUCUCUUAAAAUUCUGAGCUAUGUUACUAAAUUGAUAUAUAAUCGAACGAAACAGCCCCAACUUUGUUAUUGCAUUCCAAUGAAAGUCUUAAAGCUUUGUAAAAACACACGUGUAUACUAGUUCACUGCUUGUUGUGGGCCACUGAGCUACUGUAUAUAAAGGCUGUUUAUAGGGUACUUACCUGCUACAUCUGUGACACUUUUCAUUAUCAUUACUAUUUCUAUUUGCCCCAAUACGCAGCAUAUAUAUGCAUAUAUAUAUAUAUAUAUAUAUAUAUAUAUAUAUAUAUAUAUAUAAGGAAACAAUCUUCUACUAUUAAUGGGACCUUGAUCAAUUCCUUGUUGCUGGCAACACAUUGGACAUUGGAUAAGUAGUGCUGCAAAUUUCUCAUUUAUAUAUAUAUACAUAUAUAUAUAUAUAUAUAUAUAUAUAUACAGUAUAUAUAUAUAUAUAUAUAUAUAUAUAUAUAUAUAUAUAUAUAUAUAUGAAUUAUGCAAGCAGUGCAGGCAGCAUGCUGUCUUUCUAUAUUGAAUAAAUGAGCAUAAUGCAUAAUUUAUGUAUAUAACUUGAUGUGAGCUCAACACUGCCAACAUUACACAAGUAUAGGGAACACCGUUUUGCUGUUUAAAUAGUGAACUAGAAAAGCAAAUGUUGUAUUUGUACAUAUACUCAGAGGUGGUCCCAUCAUCUGCAGGAAAUUACCAUCAUCGCAAUCGCCACAUCUUGAAGGUGCUUGCCUGGUGAGCCUUUAUAGUUGCCAGAUCAGCCAUGUUGUACCUGCCAUACAUCAAGCACGAUGCCAUGCAGAUAGCUUACGUGCAUCCCUGCAGAUUGUUCAGUGUCACAGUGGGUAUUCAUACAUUUGCCUCUGUAUUGAACUGUGUUCUUGUAUCCUCAAUGAGCAUCUCUCAUAAUAUAAUGCAUUCUGUUUCGCACGUUGUAUGGAGCAGUUUAUAAUAAACUACUGUGGAUUAUACAGGCA